CCUGCAUUUUACAACCGCGACAUCUCGUGCCUUGGGGAGCCUUUCUUGAUCUCUCUUAACGCCCCUUCUGCUCUGUGGUCCUCUGAGAGGCUUCCACGACCGUGUUGCUUCCUCUACCGACCUCAAACCAGCUGCAAGCCCGCGCCGUACUCCCGAUAACGCCAUCAUGGGUCUCUCUAAGUCCAGCAGGAUCAUGAUCCUGCUGGCGAUUGAUUCCGCAUUCUUCUUGUUGGAAUUGGUCGUUGGUUACGCGGUACAUUCCCUCGCACUCGUCGCCGACUCUUUUCACAUGCUGAACGAUGUCAUCUCCUUACUCGUGGGGCUUUGGGCAGUCAAAGUCGCAAACCAAAGAACCAACUCUAAGAUGUAUACAUAUGGUUGGCAACGCGCCGAAACGUUGGGCGCCUUAGUCAACGGAGUGUUCCUCGUAGCUCUGUGUCUUUCCAUCUUCCUCGAAGCCAUUCAACGAUUCGUCGAACCCCAGGAAGUUUCCCACCCCAAACUGGUCCUCAUAGUCGGUUGCUUUGGGCUCGCUUCCAACAUCAUCGGACUCUUCCUAUUCCACGAUCACGGCCAUAGCCACGGUGGCCAUUCCCACAGCCAUGGACCACAGGACUCUCAUAGCGCAGCCGAGGAGGGACACGCACAUUCCCACGGUCACGACCACGAUGCUGAAGAUCGCGCGGUAGCCGAUGAAUCCGGAAACGUUGUAGACGUAUUACCUCAAAGCAGGGUCGGAAAUUUCCCUUCCAGUAUCAAGGGACAAUCGAAAGCUAAGGAUGUAUCUUGGGAUGUCACUCAAAACCCCACUCGGUCAGCAUCUGGAAAGCGCGCCGCUCGGAGACACAGUCGGUCUAGGUCUCGAGGCUAUUCCACAUUGGACGAAAUAUACGUACACCCGUCGUCAUUCCGACAUAGCAUCAUUGAGUCUUCGCGCUUGGAACAGAAUGACUCGGACUCUGAUGCGGACAAUGAGGAUGCGGCAGAGGAAGAGCAGCCCACAGAGCAAUCUCCUUUGCUGAAGGGCAACCAACCAACGUACGCCGACGCAGUCAAGGGAACACCAACAAAGAAGAGGGAUUGCCAUGUCGAUCACAAGCACAACAAACCUCGGGAAUCUGGCAAGGGCGGCGCUCAUGGCCAUUCGCACGGAGAUCUAAACAUGCGCGGAGUAUUCCUUCACGUGAUGGGUGAUGCUCUCGGCAACAUUGGUGUCAUCGCUUCAGCUUUGAUCAUCUGGCUUACAGACUAUUCCUGGAGGUUCUAUUCCGAUCCGCUCAUAUCGCUCAUCAUCACUGUCAUCAUUCUCGCGUCGGCUAUCCCGCUAUGCAAGGCAGCAUCACGAAUUCUUUUGCAGGCUGUGCCAGCAGGUCUCUCAGUUGAUGAGAUCAAGGAAGAUAUCACCGAUCUCGACGGCAUUGUUUCAUGCCACCACAUCCAUGUGUGGCAGUUGUCCGACACCAAACUCAUUGCUUCGUUGCAUGUGCAAGUUGACUUCGAUUUCAAGGGCGAGGGCUCAGCUCGGUACAUGGACCUUGCCCGGGAGAUCCGCAAGUGUCUACAUGAAUAUGGCAUUCACUCCUCGACCAUUCAGCCGGAAUUUUGCCUCGAUGUCAAUCAUGACCACUCCGGCGCUACCGACGACAGCAGCGCUGACGAGGGCCAUGCUAACGGCAACGGAAGCGGGAGCCAAGGCCGCGGAAGCAAGACCGGUAGUGUACGAGGAGAUGUCGAAGCAUGCCUGCUUGAAUGCGGAGACGAUUGCGGCAAUUCGAAGCAGUGCUGCGUGUCCGACAUCAAGGGAUGCGGUGGGGAUAAUGGAAACGGGAAGUAAUUUGUCUUCCUUUCCAUGGUCAUACGUAAAGAAAGAUUUCAUUGUAUCAUAUUGGCCAAUAGUCCUUCAUAUCUUUUUUCAUGGGGUAUCAUGCGGUAGACUUUCUCUUGUUUCCCAACCAAUAGGGGUCAUAGUGUAGAAGGGAAGGAGGUCUGUGUGUGUUUUAUAAGGCGUUGAAAAAAGGGAUGGCGGGAAAGCGGAGGAAUACCUGUACCUUAGUACUUCACUUGAUGUUUCCAUCUUAAGUUUCCUUUCUUACAUCUAAUCAAUCUUCCUAUAUUGUCAUCGCUCUCUCUCAUCUAUGAUCAUUCUUCCCAUCGUUCUCAUUUGUACCUGUAGUGCUCCAAUGCAUCGAACAGGGAUUGUAGGCAGUGUUCAAAUUGAUUCAUCAUUCCAAUAAAUU